AUGUUCGUUCGUUCAUUCGCUACUCUACUUACUCUGGGACAAUCAGGUUGCUGUGUCACCCAGAGCUCUUUCAGGGACCUCAUUAACUUCGACAUUCAUUGUUGUGAAAACACCGAUGGUGCCAGCCAUGUUGCACAAUUUCUGUCCGAAGUUGUUCGUGAAUUCACAUCAACAAACGCUACCAUAUGCGCUCAGAAGGUCCUCGACCGAAGCUUGCCCUCAAGUUCCCACAUUCUGGAUCCUCCCACGCAAGAUGCUCAUCUGACUACAACGUUCAUAGCAGUGGAUAGGUCCCCUCGAUCGUCGAGAUCGUUGUAUCGGGCCAAAGUUUUGGUCUUAGGUGUCUUCCUCCGGAUGACAUCGAGCACCAGCUGUGGGCUUUCCAUUACUUGCAGUUAUCGUUCAAGACUCAGAGCACCAUCAGAUCGCUGGUUGCAUAGGUUCCGCGUGCUUUACACACGGAAUUUCGACGCAACGUCGUCGACCCGCACCUGCAUGCCAACCACAAACGUGGAACUCCCUCGAUCGGGGUCACACUUGAUCGUUGUAGCGAACCAGCGUUUCACGCACCGGUUACAGCUUACGAGGCUGUCGCCGUGUGGAACACUCGGUGGUUUAAUUGCGACCGCGGUGUCGAACGGACAUUCGUCGUCCAAAAUUUGGAAUACGAUGGCUAUAGCUCGCUUCGAGGAAGGCGGUGGUUUACCUCCUCGAUUGCGUGUUUACGACGACAACUACUCUGGUUUUCAUUACACAAUUGUCAGAAAUUCGGGCGCGGCCCUCCCAGCUACGCAAAUCUUUGAGCAAGGGAUUCAGCGGGUCGACGAGCUGCGUGCUCUUGAUCUAGCGAAAACGACAUUCUCUUUCAGAACGUCUCUCAUGAAUUACGAGCGUCCUCCUCUCACUCUCAUUCACGGGCCAUGUCAUGAUGCUCUCAAGGCUGUCAACAGAACUCGAUUCAAGCUAAUAUACCGCGCUAGCGGACGAUUACCUCGGCUAGUCAAUUCGCUCAUGCUGUUCUCUAGCGCCGAGGCAAGGAGAUUGCAUGCGCGCUUUUGUCCGGUCAGGUUAGGUCCAGCAACAGCUGAUAUGGCUUCUCUGUUUCGGUCUGCUGUUGAAAAAGCAGGGAUCGAUUACAACAUCACAUGCGACAACAGUGCUGAUGAGCGUAUUGCAUACGUUGACCUUGGAAUACGCAUUCGCCUCGACCUUACAUACACGUCUUCCGAAGUCAUUUUGAGUGUCCAAGAUACGGGCUGUGGCAUCCCGGAAGAUCAGUUGGAUAAAAUCCUUUUGCGAUUUCAUCCCGUAGAGUCUUCGGAUGGAAGAACUAUUGAAGGAACUGGAAUCGGCCUUGCCCUGACCAAUGAGCUAGUCAAGAUUCAUCAAGGCAUGAUCAUCGUCCAGAGCAUAAAGGGUCAUGGCAGCGUUUUUACUGUAAGAAUACCGCUUGGAUGUGGCCAUCUACGGGAGAAAGAUGUCGACCACGACUUUGAUAUGGCACUCGCUGGAACUGGCUCAUAUGCAGCCGGUAUUGUCGAAGAAGCGGCAGCUUGGUUGGGCGAAGACUCAGAUACGUCGUCGCAGUUGAGUCAUGCCUCUUCAACGGAUGUCAUUAUGGGAUCCGAACGGUUCACUGUUCUAUUGGCGGAGGACAAUGCUGAUGCUCGAUCUUACAUAAAGUCGAUUCUCCUGAACGCUGUUCAAGAUGUUGUCGAUGUCUCUGACGGUCAGGCUGCACUUGAUUAUAUUCAUACGCAGGAGCGGCCAGAUCUCAUAGUGACUGACAUCAUGAUGCAACGGAUGACCGGAACUGAAUUGCCUCAGAAAUUAGCUGAGGACCCAGAUCCUGAUAUUCAGGCUAUCCUUGUCAUAGUCCUCAGCGCAAGUACUGGGUCUGAGGAUCGACCCGAUAGUGUAUUUAGGGGCGCUGUGGAUUUCCUACUGAAACCGUUCAUCUCGUCCGAGUUGCUUAACCGCGUUAGAAACCGACUCCAUGUGCUGAAACAGAGGCACGAACUCGAGAAACAAGUACGAGAUCGGACCUUUGAGCUCAAGGUGACGCAGCAGCGCUACCAGCGCAUGAGUGAACUAUCGUCUGUGGCCAUCUUUGAAACAGAAGAUGUGGAUCAUGGUUUGAUUACUUAUGCUCCUCGGACUCUGCCUUUGCCAUUAAAAUGCAUCAUAGACCGAUUGGCGCCGGAACUUCAAGAGGCGGCUACCAGGGCUUGUCUCGAUGCUCCCAUGAUUAAUGGAGAACCGGUCCAGUUUGAUGCUGUAUUUGAAAACGGGAAGAACGCCUUUGUUGAGGUUAUAGCGCUCAGUGAUGGACGGCUACUUGGUACACUGACAGAUCAGACGGAGCAGCGGCGGGUGGCUACUGAGCAACUGAGUGAAGAGCGCAUGUAUCAUUUUAAAAAUUUUCUACCAUUUGACUUAUUAACUCUGUUACAAGAAACAUUCAUUGACAUUGUGUCACAUGAAUUGCGAAAUCCGCUGAGCGCUAUUGUACAAAGCGCGGAACUUCUCUCGAGUUCUAUUGCUCGACUGCAGGAUAUCCUAGAUACAUUACAGAGCAUGAAUAGCAAUCAUGAUGCUGAUAAAUUGUUCGAGGAGAGCAACGUUGAACUCAAAGAUACGAAUCACGCGGUCUCUUCCGUUGCGCUUUGUGCCCGUCAUCAAACGAUCAUCGCCGCGUACGCUAUAUUUUCCGGAGCUGAUUUGCUCGAUCUAACGAGUCGCCGUAAUCCUACCACGUUUCACCUACUGGAGGAACUUCAGGUGGGCAGUUCCUUACACUUCGCUCGCGAGUGUCUUCAACGGUUUAAUCAGGCUACGUUGGACAUAUACUCCGUGCAAGCUGCAGCGCAGUCCAUCGAUUUAAGAUUGACCAUCCGUGAUGAUAUCGAGAGAGAAACCUGUAUCAUCGCGGAUCCCACUAGGUAA